AUGAUCGCCGAAACAAUAAGUCUUGGUAUUCUUUCGUUGCCAUCCGUCCUUGCACGAAUUGGUUUGGUCCCUGGACUCAUCCUGAUUGUUGGACUCGGAAUUAUUGCCACUUAUACUGGCUGGGUGAUCGGACAAUUCAGAAUGGAGUAUCCAUGGGUAGUUUCUUUCGCAGACGCCGGCGAGAUUCUCUUCAAGCCUCUGAAGAUGGGAGCCAUCGGUCGUGAGUUCUUCGGUGGAGCACAAACUAUCUUUCUUAUCUUCACCAUGGCCAGUCAUAUCCUGACUUGGACCAUCUGCCUCAACACCGUCACCGAUAGUGCGACAUGUACUGUGGUCUGGGCUGUUGUUGGGCUAGUCAUCUUCUUCAUCUUCGACUUACCUAGAACACUGAAAAACGUGUCGUGGAUGUCGAUCGCUUCGUUCAUCUCCAUUUUCUCGGCUGUCUUGAUCAGCAUGGUCGCAAUUGGCAUCCAGAAACCCAGGGGAAACACCAAAUUGGCCACGACUACAGUGCUACCAUUUACGGAUGCAUUUGUCUCCGUCAGCAACAUUGUCUUCGCAUAUGCUGGUCAUUCAUGCUUCUUUGGUUUCCUGGCCGAGAUGAAGAAUCCAGCCAAAGACUGGACGAAGGCUCUGAUCUUUUUGCAAAUGUGGGACAUCAGUCUUUACAUCAUUGCCGCGACUGUCAUCUACGUAUUUGCUGGUCCCAAUGUCGAUUCUCCCGCUCUUAGUUCGGCAGGUCCGGUUGUGCGAAAAGUCGCAUGGGGCAUCGCAAUCCCGACUAUCAUCAUUGCCGGAAUCAUCUACGGACACGUAGCAGCAAAGUAUAUUUUUGUACGUUGCUUCAGAGGGACAGUCCAUAUGAAUAGACGAACCAAAACAAGCACACUUGCUUGGACUGGCAUUACCCUUACCAUCUGGGUCAUCGCUUGGAUAAUCGCAGAGUCGAUCCCGAACUUCAACGAUCUGCUUGGCUUGAUCAGUGCCCUGUUUGCAUCGCAUUUCACUUACACAUUGAGCGGUGUUUUCGGUCUCUUCCUAAACCAUGGACAUUGGUUUGACAGCCCUAAGCAAAUCAUGCUAUUCUGUAUCAACUGGAUCGUCAUUGCAAUCGGCGCCACAGUAUGCGUAGCUGGACUCUACAGCUCUGGAACGGCGAUUGCGGCUGAUGGAGGAAAUGGAUCCUGGACGUGUGCGAGUAACGCCCAAUAG